UGAUAUGUAUGUGCAUUCGUCAUUGUAUACGCACCUACCUUCAUACACUUGUGUGGGCAGUAAUAAACCAGCUUUGAUCCGGAACGGUUGUUUUUAUUAAAUACCUCAGUGGCGACGAGGAGCAGUUCAAAGUACCCUACUUUCAAAUUAUCAUGGCUUUUCAAGUGAACAUUAGCCCUUUUGAUCAUAAAUGUGAUGAUUGGACUAUUUUCAACGGACGUUUGAAGCAGUUAUUUAAAGUUAAUAAGAUAACGGAAAGUGAACAAAGUGCAGUUCUUCUAACCUAUCUUUCGGAGGAGUCAUUUCGCUUGGCGCGUAACCUCGCGUACCCGAGUGAGCUUGAAACGUUGGCUUACAAAGAUGUGGUUUUAUUACUCGACAAACACUUCGCCCCAAGUAAACCAUCGUAUGCUGACAAGGCGAAAUUCUACUCGGCUACAAGAAGUCCAGGCGAAAAGUUGAACGAAUGGGCGGCGCGGCUUAGAGGGUUGGCCGCAAAUUGCAACUUUUUGACUGCCUUGGACACAAUAUUGCUGGAUCGAUUUGUUCUGGGCUUGGGCAUAGGGCCUGAGCGGGACAAGCUUUUCGAGCAGGACCCAGCCACGUUGACCUUGUCAAAGGCGAUAGACUUGGCGGAGCAGGCGGGCGGCGCGCGGCUCGCGAGGAGUGUGGGCGCAGGGUUGAGCGACAUGCCUCUGAAGGAGGAGGCACUGUACUACGGCAGCAGAGGAGGCCAGGCCGGCGGGUCUGGCGAGCACCGGCGCCACGCGGCGCGGGCCCCCGGGCGCGGCGACCACGCGCACGCGCACGGGGACGUCAGCGGUGUAUCUCGUUGUGCGGUAUGUGGCAUGAAAAAUCAUGCAACCGAAAAGUGUCGUUUCAAAUCGUACAAGUGCCAAGGAUGUGGGCUAAAAGGCCAUUUAAAAAAAAUGUGCAAAAAUAAAGUGCGGUUAAAUAAUAUUGCAGAUGAAUCUGUGCCGACGGCAAGUGAUCUGAGUAACAGUGACUCGGAAUGCGAGGAAUGUAAAUUAUUUAAUUUACGGUUUUCGAAAUAAGGCCGUAGGAGAUGAUAUGUAUGUGCAUUCGUCAUUGUAUACGCACCUACCUUCAUACACUUGUGUGGGCAGUAAUAAACCAGCUUUGAUCCGGAA